AUGAUUGCUACACCCUUGAAACAUACAGAAUUUCACUUAUCUUCAGAGACACCGUCUCAUAGGAAAAAUACGCCUAUGCAUGCAGUCCUAUUUGAUAACAUUCCUUCAGGCACACUUACUCCUAUGAAAGAUUUGGUGAGAUAUCAGAACUCCUCUUCAAAAUUGGUUAGCCAUAAGAAGAACAAGUUCCUAGAAAAGAGAGAUUUUGAUAAUAAAAGCAGACUACAAUCAACCAUGCUGGCAGAGGGCAUCGCCUCCAACAGUUUUCUUGAUAUCAGUGUUAUAAAACCCAACAGGGAUGAAUUAAAAAAUAAAGCAAAAUAUGAAACACCAGAAAAAGCAUUUCAAAGAAUGAAAGAAAAAGUACUGCGUGAAAAGCAAGACCAACUAUCCAGAAAGCAAGACCAAGUAUCCAGAAAUCAUUUAUUGAAGACACCAAUAAGUGAAAAUAAUAAAAUUAUCACUCCUAAUAAAGCUGAGAAAAGAAUAUUGCAGCAUACCUACCUUUGUGAAGAAAAGGAGAACAGAUCAUUACAAUCAGGUAAUAGUUCUCUAAAAAGCUUACUCCAAAAAGUUCCUCUAGAACCAUCAAGUAAUUUCCUUUCUGCCAAGCAAAAGAUUGAAUGUCAACAGCAAAAAAAAUCACCUCUUCAUAAUUUAACUUACGAGCUUUCAAAUCUGAACCCAGAACACGAUAAAGUUUCGGCUGUAGGAGUUUCCAACAAGGCUUUAACUAGAGCUCAGUUUGCUAAACAAAUUCUUCAUUCAAAGGAGAACACAGUUGCAACCACUGAGCUCAAAAAGAAUACAUUUGUUUUAGAAAGUGUUGAUUCUGUCUGUGAAAAAUCCCCAAAUAAUACUGUUCAGACUCUGAACACUAAUUCUGUUUCUGUGGAAAAUGGAGUUGAAUCAGUGGUUUCUGAAAGCAAUGUGACAACAGAAGGGGUUUCACUACAGAAAAUUAUGAAAGAAAAUGAGAAAAGAAAACCUGGGAAGACUGAUCUUCCAAGUACUGUGAAUGAUACAUGUAAAAUUGUGCUUGCAAAUCCAAGAUGUAAUAUAAAAAUUCCUGCAAAGUCAAAAAGAAAUGCCGCACAGCUUUCUCCUCCAAGUAUUAUUACAAAUGGAGUUACAAAUAAUAAGGUAGUCCAGCUAAAAGAAUGGAUAAUUAAAGUCAUCAAUAAUAACACUGCUAUAUGUGUAGAAGGAAGAUUAAUAGACAUCACUGACAUGUAUUGGCACAGUAAUGCUAUUAUAGAACGAAUUGAGUACAACAAAGUUAGGACUCUUUCUGGCAAUAUUUAUAUAUUAAAAGGAAUCAUAGACAAGAAUGCCAUGAGAGAAGAAGGAUAUCCAAAUUAUCUAAUAAGGAAGUUUAUGUUUGGAUUUCCAGAAAAAUGGGAAGAGUACGUUGAUAAUUUUCUAGGAAAAUUAAGGAUGUGUGAAAAGAAAGGAGGAAAGACACAACAAAAGCAGAAAACUGGAAGAUUUGUUUCUGACACUCGGGAAUCAGUGAAAAAUGGGACAGGAGAAAACCAAUCAGCUGUGCUCCAGAGAGCCCACACCACUUAUGAUCUUGAUUGUGAUCAUUUGGAACAGAAGAAUUGUAUGCCAAGUAGGUUGCCAGGAAGUCCAGAAUUAAAUGUUUGCUGUAAAAAUCAUCAGACUAAACCAGUAAUGCUCUUGGGUGAUCAGAUCAAUAAUACUGUUCAAAAUAGAGAAGAAUAUGACUUAUCUGAUCAGGAAUUACUUAGGAAAAAGAAAUCUCAAACUUUGUCUUCAAAUAAACUCAGAAAUCAUGAAAGAAAAACAGAUGAAAGGAUAAUUAAAAGUCAGAGGCAAGAGUACUCUGACGACUUAAAUAUGACCAUGGAUAUUCUAACUUCAAGGGUACAGUGUUUCUCAGAUAAAGGAAGGAAAGAUUUGACUGUUAAUCAUAAGGAAGCUUAUCUUUUAGUAACACCACUUAAAUCUAAGAAGAUGAUAGAGCAAAAGUGCAGAAAGUAUAAUCUGUCCUCUAACACCAUGAAAGCACUUACAGAUUUUGUACUACAAAAAGACAACAAAAAGGAGCAUCAAAAUGAAAACAAAUCAGACUUAAAAGAAACUGCAAGUUUGGUCAGUAAGUCCAAGACUCAAAACACAUUUAUGUAUAGCAUGGGACAUAAACAUAAAGAUAAGGAAGAGAGCGGCAUACGUGAUAUUCUCACUAUUGAGCAGAAUGUAACAAUAUCCUCUGAUCAACGAAAAAAUACAGUGUACUUAUCAAAAUCAGAGAAAACUGAAAAUCAGUCUACUGAAGAGAGAGAAACUGAAAAGGAAAUUCCAAGGAGAACUGGGGUUAUUAAAACCAGAGAAAGGAGUAGCAAAAAUACAUAUAAAGUUCACCUGAGAAACACAACACAUGCUACAAAGAAAAUCUCGGUGCUAUCUGAAUCUGAAACUGAAGAAUGUGAAAAUGAAGAACAUAUUAAACAAAAGAAAGCUAGAUAUUCUGCCAAAGAAACUCUUCAGAAAUCUUGUAUUACAAAUACAUUUCCAGUCAGUAAACUCACAAACUGUGAUAAGACUAAUAGACAUUCCUUAGAAUGUUCAUCUGGUGUAAAUCAGAAUGAGAAAUGGAAUGAAAAGGAAUUACAGAAACUUCAUUGUGCUAUUGCAUCUCUUCCAAAGCACAAACCUGGUUUCUGGUCAGAUGUAUCAAAGGCUGUAGGCUCUCGAUCUGCUGGAGAUUGCCAGAGGAAAUACACCGAAGAUUCCCAAAGAAAAGGAUCGAAGAAACAAGUCACUGAGAAAAGGCCAGUCAACCUCAAGGGCCAAAAAGGCAAGAAAGCUGAUGCUGAUAAGAAGCAAACUAUUGCGAUAACUGCUAAAGUGGGAACACUUAAAAGGAAGCAGCAGAUGAGGGAUUUUCUGGAACAUAUGCCAAAAGAUGACCGUGAUGAUUUUUUCAAUGCAACUCCUUUACAAAAUAAACGAGUACUGUUACCAAGUUUGCAGGGUAGUCUAGAAGAGGAUGAUAUUCUGCCAGAAAUGGACGGAAAUUCAACAUCUCCAUCAUCAAUUAUCUUUCCAUUGGCAAAAACUCCUACAUGUCAGCAUGUCAGUCCUAGUAUGCUAGCCACUGUAAAGAGGGGUGAUUGUGAUAAAUAUGUUUUUCACAUGCAAAAAACUCAUAAAAAUAAAGGUGGCAUUGUCUGGGGCAAUGUCAAGAAAAAAACAGUUGAAACCGGUUUUUCAGCACCCAGAAGAAAAACCAUAUUUAAUAAAGAAUUGGGAGAAAACUCUGGCAUUGGAAAACUUUUCACGGAUGCUAUGGAAUCUUUAGAUGAAGAGGAGAAAGAUUAUUAUUUUUCAGACUCUGAUUCUACACAGUAAAAAUGGAUAUAUAGCUACAGUUUUCACUCAAGAAGCAAUGUAACUGUCUCUUUACUUGAAGUAAAUACACGUGUUUUGAAAUUUUGCUUUUAUAUCAGAUUACUGCUGUAUGAUUUGCAAAAGUUCAUAUUCCCAUGAUGUAGUUUCAAUUGAAACUGAUUUCCUCUCAUAGUCUUUGUAUUAUUGUAAGAUAACUUCC